ACCCUGUGGAUGCGGUCUGUACCUUGGCGGCGCGGUGGCCCUGCGAGGUGCGGCUGCCCGGCCUUAUCUGCCCUAGGUUCUUGCGGCGGCCUUCCGGAACCAGAGUGAGAGGUGGCGUGGCCUCCAGGGAGAGUCAGGUCUGCUUCGAACCCGCUAGGAUAUGUCUGGAAUUUAAAGUCAAUAUGGAGCUCAUCAAAGUGAAUCACUGGAGAAUAUGAUGGCUGAACACAAUUUUAAAAUGUUAAAGAUUCAGCAGCGGGUAGUAGCUGGCAAACUACCUAGAAAUAGGCCAUAUAUUUGCAAUAUUUGCUUUAAGCACUUUGAAACACCGUCAAAAUUAGCUAGGCAUUAUCUCAUUCAUACUGGUCAAAAACCAUUUGAAUGUGAUGUAUGUCAUAAAACCUUUAGACAACUAGUUCAUCUGGAGAGGCAUCAGCUAACUCAUAAUCUGCCUUUUAAAUGUAGUAUUUGUCAACGCCACUUUAAAAAUCUGAAGACCUUUGUGAAACACCAGCAGUUUCACAAUGAAACCUAUCAGAAUGAUGUUAAGCAAGUUAGAAGAUUGCUGGAGGCCAAGCAAGAGAAGCCAGUGCAUGGAGUGUAUAACACUUUUACUACAGAGGAGAGAUGGGCAUUACACCCGUGCCCAAAGUCUGAUCCCACGUAUGGCACCACGAAGAGAAAGAACAUUCAUGCAUGUACAAUCUGUGGCAAGAUGUUUCCAUCACAGUCAAAGCUCGACAGGCAUGCACUUAUUCACACUGGCCAGAGGCCUUUUAAAUGUGUCCUGUGCAGUAAAUCUUUCCGACAGUCAACUCAUUUAAAAAUUCACCAACUCACACAUUCAGAAGAAAGACCUUUUCAAUGUUGUUUUUGUCAAAAAGGAUUUAAGAUUCAAAGCAAACUUCUGAAGCAUAAACAAAUCCAUACUAGGAAUAAGACUUUUCAGUCUUUUUCAGUAAAGGUGAAGAGUCCAGAAUCAUGCCCUUUGCCUAAUAAAUUAAAUGCAAAGCAAGAUGGUUUUGAAAAUGGUGAUAUAGAUAAAUCUGAGGAGAGUAACCCACUUGAUGUCCACUCCAUUUAUAUUGUCCCUUUUCAGUGUUCAGAGUGUGAAGAAUGUUUUGAAUCAGAGGAGAUUCUCAAUGGACACAAGUGUUGUCCUGCCAAAGGAGGCAAAAUUCCAAGCAGACUGAAAAGAAGCUACAACUAUAAAACCAUUGUUAAAAAGAUCUUGGCCAAGCUUAAGCGUGCUGGGAGCAAAAAAUUAGAUAACUUUCGAUCAGAAAAAAUACCAUAUAAACAUAAUUUCUUGAAAACUUGUGAUCUUACUUCUAGUGAGCAGAACUCCGAACAAACUAAGAGAAGAUUUAUGGGUUCUCUCGGCAAACAUGGAACAUAUAAGACAGUUAGCAAUAAAAAAAAGAAAACAUUGACUUUGCCAUUUUCUUGGCAAAAACAGUUUCAGAUCCAAAAUAUAGGAAAAAAUUUGAAAGGUAUCCUUACAGCAGAAAGCAUAUUAACUGUAGAUAGCUCAAUGAAUAAUAAAGACUUGUCAAUUUAUGGUUCAUCCACCGAGGACUUCUUAAAUGACUGUGAAUUGCUUCAGUGUGAUUUUUCAGUUCCAAGUGAAAACAUACAUAGUGGACAGAAAAUGUGUCCCUGCGAUAAAUGUGAGAAAGUAUUUCCUUCUAUAUCCAAACUACAAAGACACUAUUUAAUUCAUACCGGACAAAGGCCUUUUGGCUGUAAUGUUUGUGGGAAAUCUUUUAGACAGUCAGCUCACUUAAAAAGACAUAAACUAACUCAUACUGAAAAGAUUCCUUAUAGAAGAUCUUUUUGCGAAGCCGAAUUUGAAAAUGUGAACAAACUUUGCAUUCAUCCAAGUGAUAGUUCUAACUAUAAUGCUUCCCAACAAUGUCAAGCUCUUAGUUUUCAAAAAUAUGAGGUUUCAGAGUCAGAUCAAACAUCAGAAAUAGAAGUUAAGACAGAAGCUGAGGAUUUUAUUCUUGGUACGUACUAUAGGAAUCGGCAGCCCAUUCUCACUAAUGCACUUUUGGAAUCAGAUCAGAGUCAUCAUUGUUUUAGUUAUUCAGGGGAUCCUGAGAGAAGUGAUGGCCUCCUUUACCAAUGUAGCGUUUGCUGUAAAAGUUUCCGAUCUCCAUCUAAACUGGAAAGACACUAUCUAAUCCAUGCAGGUCAGAAACCAUUUGAAUGCUCAGUUUGUGGGAAAACAUUCAGACAGGCUCCUCACUGGAAGAGGCAUCAACUGACUCACUUUAAAGAACAACCACAAAACAAGGUGGUUGUAUUAGAUUCAGUCGUGUAACUGUCAAAACCACUAACAUUGGCAGUGUCUGGGUAGUCUUGUAUCAUUUAAAGGUUUUUGUCAAAAGGCCUGCAUUAGAUUAUUUAAUUUUGUGGGGAAUUGCUUGUCCUGAGGUGAUAUAUAAAAAGGAAAUUAAUACAGUGUUUUAGGAGCAGCCAAAUCUUUGGAUGGAAGAACAUAGUUAGAUGCUGUAAACUAAACAUUACUAUAACUAUAUUGGAAAUUAUAAAUCCAUGAAUCUAUACAAGCAGUAAAGACACAUUCUUAAAAGGAAUCAAUUCUUCAGCUGUGACAUCUCUAGAUAUACGUAAAGCACAGGAAAAAAGUUGCCCUUUAGCUACAGCAAAUAGCAUUUAUAGUUCAUUUAUUUUACAUUAAAGCAUAAUCUGUCCAGUAUGGCUCAAAUUUUAUUGUUAAACUUUUCUUGCAAUUAAAAAAAAUAUGAACAUGAAUGGAAAGUUAAUAGCAUUUCCAUUGGUCUUUUCAAAAUCAUUCUAGAAUUAUGUAGUAAUUUUUCCUCCUUUGGUUGCUUAGGUAAUGAUUUUAUUUUUCAUCCAGGGUGCUAUUGAUUUCCUCAAAA